UGUAACCAAGUACUACUACUGGCAAAUAACAACUGAUAGACAUCAACCUCAAUCGUUCAUUGAUAGGAGAAUACAGCCUUCAGGUAGUGUCUUUUCAACUUUAGUUUCUGAGAUAACAACAGGAGUCGCAUCUAGUCCACCUGCAUUAGUGUAUUCCCCGGCUAGUAGAAGACUUACUUGAAUUCUUGGGCCGACUGACAACAGAACAUUUACACAAGCCUCUGUAUGGUGCUCCUUCAUCUCCUUUAGAAGUCGCCGUACUCCAACUAGAAUAACUCUUUGUUCUAUCUAGAUCUAAAUGUUAAUCAGCAUUUUUUCUCUCAAGCUAACAUAAGCACCACAUCAAGCGUACCGUUCAAGAUCUAUCUUCGUGUAUCACCCUGUCCUUCACCGAAACGCGACCACUGCAAAUUCAGCGCCCCCAAGACCUUGAACAACUUUGUCUACUUCGCGAACCAGCACCAACUCAACGGCCACAAAUCGAACAAAGCGUGACCACAACAUCUCCACCUUGUACCCCGCAGAACACCACCACCACCACCACCAAUUCUGGCUGCACAUAUUCACCCGAGGAGGCAGGUCAAACUGUGGACGGUGAAUCAAAUCCUAUCCUAUCCUAGGAACGGAAAACGGCAAGAUGUCAGGUGGCGGCCAGCUACAGAUGGGACAAGUGUUCCCUGACUUUAUGUGCGAUACCACUCAUGGCCCCUCUACCAUGCAUGAUUUGUUGCGGCAGAGGGGAGGAUACUGGACGAUCCUGAUCUCGCAUCCAAAAAGCUUCACGAGCGUUUGUACUAUGCUUCACGAGCGUUUGCACUAUGAAGCCCUAUUAUCUUUCUGAGUGUUAGUUUGUUCUAUUGUUCAUGUCGUUAAUAGAGGAUAUAUUGCUAUCAUGUUGCGAGCACUACGACCGUAUCACGCCGAUAAGAUUCAUCACGAAGUCUACUGCUUCGGCGAUCGGAUAAGAAGAUUCAAAAACAAAAUCUUCGUGACCACAGGCACUAGCGAAAUUGGUACCGCAGCAGCAUGGUUUUCUUUCAAUACUAAAAAAUGACAGGCACGACCGAAAUCGGUACCGCGGUUGCAUGGAUGGGCGAGUUUGAGAAACGCAAUUGUCAAAUCAUCGGUCUUAGUUGCGAUCCGGUAGCGGAGUCGUUGGCUUGGGCUGGUGACGUAAUGCAUUUGUCUAAAAUCUACAGACAAAACCUGGAUCAACCCGAUAUUCAAAAACUGCUGAAGGUUAGGGCCGCUAAUGACCGUAAGUUUUAUAUAUAAGUACCCGAUAUUCAUUUAAACUGAUGAAGGUGAAGGCUAACGUUAACGACCGUAAGAAUUAUAUUUUAUGACAUUUAAUAACUUGCUAUACACUUAUUUCAAACGGAAAAGGUGCAGCCUGAGCCUCGAGGAUCUGUUAGAUGGAAAAUGCAACAUCUCAUCUUGAGAAGAUUCAUCUUGAGAGAGGGCACGUAGGUAAAGGAGUAGGUAAGAGGAAAAGACAAGUACUACGAAGAUGCUCUUCAAGAUGAUUUUACAGGUAACUACGUAGGCUCUAAGAAGGAAAGUGAUGCUCCUACUAGCUCUACUGGUAGUUCUGCAGAUGGUGGGAGUCCUGUGACGUUGCUAACUGCGGAGUCACCUGGUGGAUCGAAGACAAAGGCUCCUGGUGCGGACGACUUUUUAAGGGUCUUGGAAAUUCAUCCUCAGAGGCAUUUUGGAAACGUUAUCAAGAGGAAGACGUUUUCAAGAAGAUACGCUUCAAGAUGAAUUUGAAUAUAGGGAAGAAGUGCUUACUAAUUUGUGAUCCACUGAGUAGUUCCGGUGAUAGUGAUCCUUGCUUUGGAUGUGGGAAGAAGGAGAAAAAUUAUGAAGAAAGCUCUACUAGAAGAAAGCUCGACUACUAGAAGAAAGCUGUACUAGAUCUAGAAGAAAGGUCUGCUUCUAGAUGAAGAAAGUUCUACUAGAUCUAGAAGAAACCUCUACUAGAUGUAGAAGAAAGCUCUACUAGAAGAAAGUUCUACUACUAGAAGAUUGUACUAUAAAAGAGGCAGUUUUAUAACAAAAUCUUUUGCUAACUAGAUAGCUGCUGUUUAAGCGUCGAACCACAUAUCUUCUAAGAACAGUCGGAUUCUGGAUCCGGAUCGCAUGCAAAUAAGCCUGUUGGUGAAACCAAGACCAAGGAGGAACAGCGACAGGUUGCAACCAAAAAAGAAGAAAUGAGCACUACUACUACAACAAAUGCUUCGACCGGAACCGGAUCAAAGGACAUCAAGGAUGCCGAGGUAGAUACAUCAGCAAAGGGAGUGCUCUCAGCAGCUGUUCUUGUCGAGAAUGUCAACAGAGCCUCUUCUUCUACCACUAAAGAAGACAAGAAUAAUAUUAACAAGCAAGAAGAGAAAGAUGAGACGAUUAUGGAGAUGAAGGAUGCUGCUGGUGUCGUAGAGAAGAAAGAUAAAGAUGUUGUCCAUGAUGUUGAGAAAAGUAAGAUGUCAAAUGCAAGUAGCACUACAUCAACCUGCACCAACACCGCUGCAUGUAAGGUUGAGAACCACAAGGCUAGCGAUAAUGGAAACAACAAGAAUAAGACCCCUGCAGCCAAGUCCGAUGCUGUCGUAACGUUACCAGCUAUCGCGACGGAUGCGAGCAAGUCUGCCAGUGCCCCGGCGGAAGUCGCAGCAUCGUCAGCAUCAGUUUUAUGUGCAUAGUCGAUUCAAAGUGAUAAAUCAAUACGAAGAACCUCAUGAUUUGUCAAAUAUACAGGUCAAUCAAAAAGGAGGUUUCAUGAUAGGGUUUCAUCAUUCAUACGAUCCAGAAGCGAACGAUAUGAAGCACGAGGUCACGUCGCCGCCUGGUGUCAAGUCGUCGCCAAGCUUCCAAGGGCGCCUUGCCCGCGCAGCCUCGCCAGAAGUCUCUCCCGGUGCCUUGGCAUCUCCAAGAGUCGCAACAGACAAGAAAGACUCGAACUCGGUGAAGGACAAGAACGACGCGUCUCCUGAGAAAAAUCUAAAAAUGCGUGAUGACAUGGAGGUCUCCCAGGCUUCAAAAAUCUACAAAACGAGGGAAAUUCCGCAGGUUCUAGUUUCUUCAUUUUUUUUUAGGUGUACUAGGCGCAUCAAGCUGAUGUUUUUCUUAGUUUUUGUCCUAUGUAAUAUCACAACUAACGGCAAAAUAUUUUCAUUCAAAAUUAAUCAUAUUCAUAUUCUUCUUUCAUCAUGAUCUUGAUCUCCCAGGACGAUGAAAAUGGCGUGACUCCUAGAAAUCGUUCUUUUACGCUAGAAGAAGCCAUGCGUGCCAGAG